AGGUACUUCAGGAAACGAUUCCGGGAUAAAAAGGAAAUUGUUACAGUUAUCAGUUGCAUCGAAGAUGCGACGAUAACGAUCGCAUUGUAACUCUGCGUAAUCGCAUCUUUGGCGCAAUAAUUCUAUACAAACGUCCGCCCAACUUCUUAUAGAAGAUUUAUUCAGCGGUUGUGCUGAUAUUUCGUACUUUCACUCGAACACCUUGACCCGCGCACAAUCGCAUCACAAUGCAUAGAUCGACGUGUAUAGCGAGCUACACGAGCAUAUAUGCUCUGUUUAUUGAUUUUGCAUUAUAUUUAGGACUCUCCAGUGUUCUUAUCUGACAAUAAAUCGUUUACAUUGCAUAAUUACACACGAACACCAAAAGUGAAAUAGACUGUGACAUUUAUACAUGUACCAAAUGUGAAGGGUAAAAAUAUGAAGUAAGAGAGACUCCACUUUACCGUUUAAUUAAAAUCUAUCAGACGAGUCACAUAUAAGUAAUCCUUAAGUUUCAUAGGAUUUCAUGAAGAGGACGUUAGUACACGGCAAAUUGUUUUUACCCUAACCUCUCGUUCAAAUUUGGCGCCAGAUUUGUUAAAUGUAUGUAAAAAGAACAUUCAUUUAAAAUUUACCGGAGAGUCAUUGGACAUUCUUACAAAUGUUCUGUUAAUCAAAUUAUUCAAUGAUAUAUAUGAAAAAUUAUUUUAGGAGUAUAAUUUUAUAUAUUUUGCGCACAGUUUCUGAUGAUACGUAUCAAGAGAAACACUUAUUUGUUAUGUGGUUUUCGAAACGAUCAAUAAUUUAUGAGAACAAUUGCAGACAACAUGGGUACGCCAGCGAAAAUUCAAAAGUUAGACGAGGUUGUCGUGAAUAGAAUCGCAGCUGGUGAGGUAAUCCAAAGGCCGGCAAAUGCAUUGAAAGAACUAAUAGAGAAUAGUUUAGACGCCAAAGCGACAAAUAUUCAAAUCACAGCAAAAGAAGGAGGCUUAAAAUUAUUACAGAUACAAGACAAUGGUACGGGUAUACGAAAAGAAGACAUGGAUAUCGUGUGCGAAAGAUUUACAACAAGCAAGUUGCAAAAAUUCGAAGAUCUUGGUGCACUCACCACAUUUGGAUUCCGAGGAGAAGCUCUGGCUAGCAUUAGUCAUGUAGCUCUUCUUACCAUCACAACAAAAACAGCAGAUGAAAAAUGUGCCUAUAAAGCAUCGUAUAUUAACAGCAAGUUAAAAGCACCUCCGAUACCUUGUGCUGGAAAUCAAGGCACAAUAAUAACAAUAGAAAAUUUGUUUUAUAAUGUGGCGACUCGAAGAAAAGCUUUGUCUAAUCCUUCAGAUGAAUUUAUCAAAAUUACAGAAGUAGUUAUGAGAUAUGCUGUGCACAAUCCAACAGUAGGAUUUACAUUAAAAAAACAUGGAGAGCCAAGUCCACAGGUUCGAACACCACAUAAUUCAACGAAGCAAAGUAACAUACGAACAAUAUACGGCAAUCCAGUUGCUCGUGAGUUAGUAGAAAUUGAGCUUAACGAUGACACUUAUAAAUUCAAGAUGCAAGCUUUAGUUACAAACCCGAAUUAUACAAACAAACGGAUGGUUAUGCUUUUAUUUAUCAACAAUCGAUUGGUUGAUUCAUCUUCUAUUCGUAAAAUGUUAGAAGACGUAUAUUCUGUAUAUUUACCGAAAAAAGCUCAUCCAUGGUGUUACAUAUCUUUAGACAUUAAUCCACAAAAUAUUGAUGUUAAUAUACACCCGACAAAACAUGAAGUUAGAUUUCUUCACGAGGACGCGAUACUCGAAAGAAUCAAGCUCGCUCUAGAUGAAAAACUUGCUGGCAAUAAUGCGUCCAGGUCAUUUUAUUUGCAGGCCAGAUUACCGAAAGCGGAUAUCACUAAGGAAGUCCUAGAAGAAGUGUUGCCAGAUUACAACAAGGGAGAUUCGGAUAAAUCGAAAAAGAUUAACCCUAAAGAGAUGAUUAGGACAGACUCGUCCGAUCAAAAACUGGAUAAAUUUAAUUUUACGAUACAUUCGACUCUUAAACAUGGUAGAAACGACAGCAAUAUUUCUGCAGAACAGGCAACACGUAAUCCAGGACUUGACUCUCCAGGAAUUCCAUUAGAAAACGUACCUGAUGUUACUACGAAAGAUUUAUCCGACGAUAGAUGUCAAGAAAAAGAUUUAAACUUAAAUAAUUCUACAGUAUCACAUAUCAAUGAUAUUUCGAUUGAUGAUACUUCAUCUCAUUGGAGUGAUAUAAUAGAUACUGCAACAUUAGUUGCAUCAAACUCGCAAGAGAUUUGUAAUCCAAGUACUUCCGCACAAAAUGACAAGUCGGAAAAUAUUGAAUUCGAUAUUUCAGAAUUUUUAAACGACUCUGACAGAACAAUGGAUAAUUCCGUACGAGAUAAAUGUAUAGAUGUUAUAGCUGACAGAGCUCGUAAGCAAGUGUAUCAAUAUUUUGGAACUAAAGACAUAGACAAUGAAAGACAACGCUCAAACGAAGAAAAAAAUAAAGUAGCAAAAAAAACGGAGUCUAAUAAAAAAGAUAAUGAAGAUUCAAUAUUUAAUACAAAUCAGUCUGAAAAUGUACUUCCACUUGAGAAAGAACUCUCACAAUCUUCUGAUGGAUCUUCCGCGAAGUCCGCGGAAAAAUUUAAAUCGUACUCUGUAAAUAAUUUUAGACACGAAGUAAAACUAACCAGUAUAUUGAAAUUACGUAAAGAAGUUGAAGAUGAGUGUCACGAGGGACUAAGAAAUAUUCUGGCUAACUUGACAUUUGUUGGUUGCAUCGAUCAAACUUCAGCUUUGAUACAAAGCGGAGUAAAUUUGUAUAUCUGCAACACUAGAAAAUUAGCAGAGGAGCUUUUCUACGAAAUCAUGCUUUAUGAUUUUGCGAACUUUGGUGUCCUAAAAUUCUCAGAACGAAUAUCACUGUUUGAUUUAGCAAUGAUUGCUUUAGAUUCGGGAGAUACUGGAUGGACUGAAGAGGAUGGUUCAAAAGAAGAAUUAGCGGGAAGAGUGAAAGAAUUACUUUUAGAAAAAGCGGACAUGAUGAAUGAAUAUUUUUCUAUAGUGAUGGAUAAAGUAGGAAAUUUAAGAUCGUUACCCGUGUUAUUAGAUAAAUAUUUUCCAUACGAGGCAGAAAUUCCAAUGUAUAUAAUGAGAUUGGCAACAGAAGUCGAUUGGAGGAAAGAACAACCGUGCUUUAAAAAUAUUUGUCGAGAAACUGCAAGAUUUUAUAGUUACAUCAAUCCGAAUCAUCAGACACACGAUUGGAAAUAUGUUACUGAACAUGUUUUAUAUCCUGCAAUUAAAGAGAGUCUACUUCCACCGAAACACUUUGCUCACGAUUCGACAAUUUUACAAAUAGCCAGUUUACCCGACUUGUACAAAGUGUUUGAGAGAUGUUAAAAUAUAUCAUUUUAAAAUUAUUAUGCAAUUUAACAUUUUAACAUUUUUUUUUUUUUAGCAUCA